AUGAAGUUACUAGUGAGGCCAAUGCAGCCCGAGCGAGCCCAGGUUACGAAGAUUGUGGAAGAAUUGCAACCGCAGAGAGACACCGAGGGCGUGGAAACAGCUGAGGAUGUUAUACCUGGGGCAUACUCCCCGAGCGUGAUUGGUUCGCUCAUGGCUGUCGAAGUUUCGCAGGAAUCUGUCACCCUGGACCAGGAUGGCGGGGGGGGGGUUGCCAGUUCGGGAUCCUGUGGAGAAGUCCCAGACGAGAUAGCUCAGGGAUCUGAAUUUGAUGCACUCCAGGGUGACCCGAGUACAGAAGAUGAGGAUUUCGAGUUGUCUUCUCCUGCCGCACCCGGAACACCGCUUGCAAGACUUGAUGCAGCGUAUGCCAGGUGUAUGCGGUUGAAGGAUCAGCUGGUUAUGCUACCCGACUUAGACGACCUCUCUCCUGAAUGCGACAUCGAGGCUGCUGACGUUGGAGAACCUGGCGAGAGCACGGAGGCUCAAGAAAAACAGCUGAAAGCCAUCCUGAAAAGACACCAGAAGAUCUUCUUAGGUGACGGAAAUGCUGCCCCUCCUCCGGCGAGGGGCGUCAUCUGUGAUUUAGAUGUGGGUGACGCGAGGCCAGCCGCCCAACGACCCCAAUCGGUCGGUCCGCAUUUGGCAAUCAAGGUGUAUAAGUUGCUGAAGAAGCUCCUGGAAGCUACACUGAUUGAACACUCUGAAUCGCCAUGGGCAUCCCCAAUCGUGAUCGUACUCAAGAAGAACGGAGUGGACAUUCGGAUGUGCAUCGACUAUCGAGUCGUGAAUAGUUUCAUUCAAUUGUCGAACUACCCACUACCACUGAUCGACGACCUCAUCACCGUGGCUUUUGGGCAGUCCGAAUGA